UCUGGCGCGAACUGCCACGCGCGAACUACAUCAUCCCGGCCACGUUGCGCACCCGCCAAACAGUUCACAGUGACUGUGUGACAAGUGAUAUUGCAAUUGUGUAAAAAUUAGGCUUCCUGAGACGCCGACUGAAAGGUAAUGUCCAGGUAAGAGGAGCAGAGUGAAAGUGAGCGCGCGCAAGCGGGAAGGACAGACCAUCUACCAGCUGCAGGAGGUGAGGGUCGCCUGUCAAGCUGCCAGGAGGUGAGGGUUGCCUGUCAAGCUGCCAGGAGGAAGUGUACCAGCAUCCCUCCAUGCCGCUUCCUCACUGCCGGUGCUAAACACCCUCCAGCGUCUACACUACUGACGCUGGGCUCCUGCAGGAGGGACUGGCGUCGAGGAGUGACGCCCUGCAGACCUCCCACACCUGGAGUAGUCACCCCCGGCCAGCCAGGCCCCACACCCAGCUAUACUUGGGUAUUGAGGGAGUCACGGCAGGGCCCCCGGCCACCACCAGCACAGGGCCCGGUCACCGCCAACUUAAGGCCCGGUUUACCGCCCGCCAACUUAGGGCCCAGUCACUGCCAACUUAGGGCCCAGUCACCGCCAACUUAGGGCCCAGUCACCGCCAACUUAGGGCCCGGUCACCGCCAACUUAGGGCCCAGUCACCGCCAUGAACACCCCAGCAUGGAUGAAGCGCUUUUGGGUCGACCUCGUAACAAAAGAAUUUGUUGCGAUUAAGGUCCUCUUUUUCCUCAUAUAUGGAGCCUCCAUGGCCAUGUUCCCGUUCCUGACGCUGCAGGCGAGGUCGCUGGGCAUCACCGAGAAGGAGCUGGGCGUCGUGUACGCCUUCAACCCGGUCAUCGCUAUCAUCGGCCCCCCGCUCACCGGCAUGCUGGCCGACAAGAUUGGUAACUUUAAGGCGUUCUUGAGCUUGACGAUGGCCGCCAGCGGGUGUGCGGCCUUGGUGUUCUCUGCGGUGCCUGCGGCCCGCCGCACCCACCACCUGCCGGAGCAGCUGGUCUUCAGCGUGGCCUGCGGGGACGACGGAGCCACCAUCCUCAGACCCGAGGCUCCCUAUCACUGCGACUACCGCCCCCUCCUCCACAACCUCUCCCUCGCCCUCACCAACUGCUCCCUCUGCCACCCCACCAGUGAUGUGUCUGGAGAUGAAACAGGGCCCUGGAGUGGGGCCCCGUGUCAGGGCCCCGGGUGGGCCCAGUGCCAGGGGCCAGAGGUGGUGGUGGCCCCUCAGGCCAUGGUCAUCACCGCCGCCAACACCACCACCACCACCACAGCUCUCACCACCACAGCUCUCAACACCACAGCUGUCAACACCACAGCUCUACACAUCCUAGACGGGUCCUGUGCUGGCGUCUCUGUGCUGGAGAGUGCGAGCGAGGCUACGGUGAAGGAGGCAGCGUACACCGUCGGGGCGCGGGAGGCGGCCUGCAGCCUGCACUGCUCGGCCCUCCUGCCCCGGGAACACCUCUGCACCAACACCAAGACCGUGGAGGUGUUGGACCCCAUGAUCACCUUCUGGUGCUACCUCAUGGUCCGCGUCCUCAACGGCCUCACCUUAGCGACGAGCUUCACCUUGUUCGACGGGGCCGCCAUGGCCAUCCUGAAGGAGCACAAGGGCGAGUACGGCCUCCAGCGUCUCUACGGCAACGUGGGUGCCAUCGUCGUCACGCCCAUCUCCGGCGUCCUCAUUGAUGUCGUCUCCGACAUGAGCGGCAGCCAGGACUACAGUCCUGCCUUCUACCUGUACUGCGGCCUCAAGGUCCUCGCCGCCGUCCUCAUCCUCUUCGUCGACCUCGACUUCCGGCAGCCGUCAAAUAGGGUGGUGAAGGACUUCCGCUUCCUACUGAAGCAGCCGGAGAUCAUCAUCUUCCUGCUGGUGAUGCUCAUCUCUGGGACGUGCUUCGGACUGCUGGACACGUUCCUCUUCUGGCUGCUGCAAGACAUGGGCGCUAAGAAGUACCUGAUGGGCAUCACUGUGACCGUGGGCAGCCUCGCCGGCAUCCCUACCCUUAUUGCCUCGGAAUUUUUCUUUAAGAAACUUGGACACGCCAAUACCAUUAUCCUCGGAUUUGCUUUCUAUGUCAUAAGGAUGUUGGGUUACUCCUUCAUCACGAACCCUUGGUGGGUGAUGCCCUUCGAGGCGCUGGAGUGCUUCACGGUGUCGCUGAUGGGCGCGGCGGCCGUGUCCUACGCGGCGGCGCUCUCCACGCCCUCCACCCUCGCCACUCUUCAGGGCGUCUACGGCGGCAUCCACUUCGGUGUUGGUCGCGGCAUGGGCAGCCUCUUGGGCGGGUUCCUGAUGGGCCCCAUCGGCGUCCGCAACACCUUCCGGCUCAUGGCUGUCGUCUGCGCCGUCACCUGCAUCGCCUACUUCAUAAUCAACCGUUUGUUCUUCCAAAAGCUUCAGGUGGAACGAGAACAGAAGAGAGUGGAGGAGGAAACCAAGGAGAACCACGCCAUGGAGAAGCAUCAUAAUGGCGUCGUGGAAAAUGGGAUAAAGAGAAGCAUGGAGGAUGAGACAGACAGCGCUGUGAAAGUAAAGGUGGACAGUGUUCAUGAUACGAGCAGCGGGAAGGAACAUUAUAACAAAGCGUUUGAGAAGAACGAGUAAUACCACUUCGUCUUCUGGGUGUACAGACUGCGUCUGGUCUGGACGUGUGUACAGACUGCGUCUGGUCUGGACGCGUGUACAGACUGCGUCUGGUCUGGACGCGUGUACAGACUCCGUCUGGUCUGGACGCGCGUACAGACUGCGUCUGGUCUGGACGCGUGUACAGACUGCGUCUGGUCUGGACACGUGUACAGACUGCGUCUGGUCUGGACGCAUAGCAUCACUUGGAAUACUAUAUGUACAAUUUUUAGUUAGGACGAGUAGUGCUGCUUGGGUGUAUUGCCAGCACAGAUUAGUUUCAACGUGCUGAUGCUUUCUUAGCAGUUACUCGAAUGUUAUUCUUUUAUUUACGAAAGUGAAUUUACGUUGUUUUAAUUGGGUGUAUCAGACCAUUGUCCCAGCAGAACAACGAUGCUACCUCGUUGAGCAAUCCAGGUCAUAAUGUCGCUGAACGUUGAUAAUGUUGAUAAACGGCCAGUUAUGUAAAUUUAAGAUAAAUGGGAUUUUGGUGUUCAUAGUAACAUGGAUUUUGGAGACGGCGAUGAGCUUGUUAUAUAUGGUAUGAACAAGUCUUCGUGGAUCUCGAUUUUGACCUCUUAAUAUUGCCAAAAAUGAAAGGCAAAAAGCCUGGCGUGUUACGUUUAAUUACAUUUGCAUUAUUACACAGCUGUUUUCGUGACGGCUGCAAUAUAAAAACAAAAUAUAUAAUUGAAGUAUAUUUGUAUUACAUGAGAGCAGGACUCUUACUUGGUGGUGUUUUGUGUAGCCCCAGGCUACCUGCUGUGCCCUCCACGCUAGUAGUAGCACCAGGCUACCUGCCGUGUCCUCCACGCUAGUAGUAGCACCAGGCUACCUGCCAUGUCCUCCACGCUAGCAGUAGCACCAGGCUAGCUACCGUGUCCUCCACGCUAGCAGUAGCACCAGGCUAGCUACCGUGUCCUCCACGCUAGCAGUAGCACCAGGCUAGCUACCGUGUCCUCCACGCUAGCAGUAGCACCAGGCUACCUGCCAUGUCCUCAACGCUAGCAGUAGCACCAGGCUAGCUACCGUGUCCUCCACGCUAGCAGUAGCACCAGGCUAGCUACCGUGUCCUCCACGCUAGCAGUAGCACCAGGCUACCUGCCAUGUCCUCAACGCUAGCAGUAGCACCAGGCUAGCUACCGUGUCCUCCACGCUAGCAGUAGCACCUGGCUAGCUACCGUGCCCUCCACGCUAGCAGUAGCACCAGGCUACCUGCCGUGCCCUCCACGCUAGUAGUAGCACCAGGCUACCUGCCAUGUCCUCCACGCUAGCAGUAGCACCAGGCUAGCUACCGUGUCCUCCACGCUAGCAGUAGCACCAGGCUACCUGCCGUGUCCUCCACGCUAGUAGUAGCACCAGGCUAGCUACCGUGUCCUCCACGCUAGCAGUAGCACCAGGCUAGCUACCGUGCCCUCCACGCUAGCAGUAGCACCAGGCUAGCUACCGUGCCCUCCACGCUAGCAGUAGCACCAGGCUAGCUACCGUGCCCUCCACGCUAGCAGUAGCACCAGGCUAGCUACCGUGCCCUCCACGCUAGCAGUAGCACCAGGCUAGCUACCGUGCCCUCCACGCUAGUAGUAGCACCAGGCUACCU